AUGACCGUCAAUUUAAAACUCAGAUUCUCCUUUUUGCAACCUUACGCCAUUGUGCAGUGCAGACCGAUCAAUCAUUUAUCGAGACUGGAACCAAAAUUAGCAAUGUACCCGAAAGUGAAAGCUGACAACGAAACUGGUAAAUACAAGCAGAGUGGUUCUUGUCUGAAUUCGAACUUUCCCCAAUCUCGUGUCUCUGAGAAUAAUCAAGAAGAAGAAGAUUCACAAAUAUAUGUAGUAGCUAAGAUUCCCAAGGUUUACAUACCAAGUGUAGUAGUCAUUUCUGAAAGUAAAUCCGUAGAAAUGAAUAAGCGUAUCAGAGGAACUGACAUUAAAGCUAAACAGAAAACUAAAGCUAGUCCGAUCCUACGUCCACGCGCUGUUGUAUCAAGUCCCGAUAAUGAUGCAAUGAUUGGGAGCAUAAACAGGAGUGAAGAAAGGAAAGCUAAGAAAGGUUUGAAGUGUGAUGAUAAGAUCUGUAGCAGAGCUUCUCAGCGUAAGCAUAUUGAUACCGAUGUGAGGAAGAUUUCCCAUCGUAUAGUUGCUAAGCAAUCGGGUGUCAAUUCCAGGGAUCACAAAUGA